UCUCAGUCCAAGUGUACGUUGGAACGGUGGGACCCUUCUAGCCCAUUUCCUUUCCCACUUGACACUUUAAUCAUACAUCCUCCUCCUCCUCCUCCUCCUGCGGCUGAGAGAGCUUUCCUUCUUUAAUAAAUCCUCCACUCCCACUCCACGAACUUCCCCUUCUCACUCUCUCUCUCUACAUCAGCCGAGAGCUCAGCUCACUCACUCUAUCAACUCCGGUGAUGUGAUUGGACCCUCACCGACGAGAUUUGGCCGGAGAAUGGCGUACAUGUGCACAGACAGCGGGAACCUCAUGGCCAUCGCUCAACAAGUGAUAAAACAAAAGCAGCAGCAAGAGCAACAGCACCACCACCACCAGCAACACGAGCAACACCACCAGCAACCCGCGGCAGUGACGGGUCUGAACCCGUUCUGCCUUAACCCGUGGACCACCGCCAAUGCCCCCGCCGCCCUGCCGUACGGGCUGCCAGACCCGUUUCACGACGGAGCGGCGGACGGCCCCGACCCGGUUUCCGGGUUCCAUUUUCCCGCCUUGGACCACCACCACCACCACUCCGCCGCCGCCGUGGGUUUUAGGUUCUCCGAUUACGUCGGUAGCGGCGGCGGAUCCGGCGGGGAGUACGACUCGGACGAGUGGAUGGAGAGCUUGAUCGGUGGCGAUUCGAGCGAUUUCAGUCUCUACAGCUCCGAUCCGUUCUCCGCUUGCCAGAGUCGACUCAGCAUCGCUUCGUCUCCUCCUCCCCCGCCGCCGCCGUCUGAUCUCAACCGAGUCAUCUUUCCCGAGUCCACCAUCCCGUGGGUUCCGUCUUCCCCUCAAAAGCCGAAGAACGACGUUGUUGUCGCCGCCGCCGCCGCCUCCUCCUCGAGUUCACGGCACUCAUCAACGCCCCUGUUCACGGCUCUACUCGAAUGCGCACAACUCGUCGACUCAGACCCUGAAAAAGCUUCCAAAUCUCUGGGUACGCUUAGAGAAUCCGUGAACAGACGCGGAGGUCCGAACGAACGAGUCGUUUACUAUUUCGCCGAAGCUCUCCACAAUAGAUUAUCAGACGCGGAGAGCUCCGGCGAAGACGAAAAAAAGGAAAUUCUCAAAAUGCCCAAAAAAAUCUCCGAACCGGCAACGACUCCGUCCACGUCGGAGGAGGAACUCACGCUCUGUUACAAAGUGUUGAACGACGCCUGCCCUUACUCCAAAUUCGCUCACUUGACGGCUAACCAAGCCAUACUCGAGUCGACCCAGACGGCGAAAAAGAUCCACAUCGUCGAUUUCGGCAUCGUUCAGGGCGUUCAGUGGUCGGCCUUGCUCCAAGCCCUAGCGACCCGACCCGACGGAAAACCCGAUUUGAUCCGGAUCUCGGGUAUUCCGGCCAAAAUCCUGGGUAAGUCACCGUCAGCGGCUUUACACGCCACCGGAAAACGCCUCAGCGACUUCGCCAAGCUACUGGGUCUAAACUUCGAGUUCGAACCGGUUUUAACACCGAUCCAGGAGCUGAACGGGUCGAAUUUCCGGGUGGACCCGGAUGAGGUUUUAGCUGUGAAUUUCAUGCUCCAACUUUAUAACCUGCUUGACGAACCCGAGGUCGGGGUCGAGACCGCCCUUGGGUUGGCUAAGUCGCUGAACCCGACGAUCGUGACGCUGGGCGAGUACGAGGCGAGUCUGAACCGGGUGGGAUUCGCAAACCGGGUGAAGAACGCGCUGGUUUACUACUCGGCGGUAUUCGAGUCGAUCGGGCCGAACCUGAGCGGGGACUCGCCGGAGAGGGAGCAGGUGGAGAGGCUGCUCCUCGGCCGCCGCAUCACCGCGGUGGUCGGGCCGGGAGCUGGGAGGAGGAGGGAGCGCACGGAGGACAGGGAGCAGUGGAAGGUUUUGAUGGAGAGCGCCGGCUUCGAGUCGGUUCCGAUCAGCCAUUACGCGCAGAGCCAGGCGGAGAUACUGCUGUGGCAUUAUGAUUACAGCCCGUUGUUUUCGUUGGUUCUGUCGGAGCCUGGGUUUCUGUCUCUGGCCUGGAACAAAGUUCCACUGCUUACUGUUUCAUCUUGGUGUUAAUUUUUUCUGCAUUUCUGAUGAAUAUUUUGGGGAUGGGGCCCUUCUGCGGUGCCGAGCAGUCGAUCCAGCUAUUCAUCUCUAUAAUGGACGGUUUGCGCUUAAAUCCAAUUUUAACUGUUCGUGCCGAAAUGAAUGUCCGGAUGCCGUUCGGCACCCCUGGCAAGGGGUGGCUUGGUCUUGUUUUGUUUUGUCCACAUUGGUGUGUUUUUUUGCUCUGUUGUGGAGUUAGAGAGUUGCCAUGGAAGGGAACAUGGUCUAGUUUAAUUGAAGGUCCACUUUUUUUUUGUCAAUGAUGAUAAAGUCUAGAAUCACAAGAAUAUAGUACAAUUGUAGAUGUGGUAUAGUCUGGUGGCUUUUUUUCGUACUCAUUUUUUCGUACUCA